AUGCAGGCCAGGGAGAUAACAGAACUCAAUUAUUUACUCCCUUCAGACCCUUCUCCUUACCAAGGUCACUACAACAAUAUGAUUCAGACCAACAUCCCCACAUUUCAACUUCAAAAAUUCUCGAAUCAAUUCUAUGGUUUCCAGAACCUUUCUCAAGUACUUGGAGACUUUAGUCCUCCUCAAUCCUCAUGUAUCAGCAGCAAUUCAACUUCUGAUGAAGCAGAUGAGCAACAACAAAGCCUCAUCAAUGAGAGGAAACACAGAAGGAUGAUAUCAAACCGAGAAUCUGCACGCCGGUCACGGAUGAGGAAGCAGAAGCACCUUGAUGAGAUGUGGUCACAGGUUGUUUGGCUUAGGAAUGAGAAUCACCAGUUAAUAGAUAAGCUGAACAAUUUGUCAGAGUCACAUGAUAAAGUACUUCAAGAGAAUGUUCAACUGAGAGAGGAAGCUUUAGAACUUCGUCAAAUGAUAUGUGACAUGCAGCUACGUAGUCCUUGCCCCCCCUUGAGCCCCCUUGAAGAUCUUCCUUGCACAUCACCACCCUUUGUCACAUCUCAUUCAUCAAACCAAUCAAUCACAAGUUCUAUUGACCUUCUUGGUUAA